AGUCCGCUGGGGCAGCGCUGAGCGCUCAGUCGCCGCCCAACCUCCGAGGCGUCAACACCACACAGCGGCAGCGGCAGCAGCAGCAGCAGCGCCGGAGCACCGCAGCAGAUUCCGCAAAAAGGGGCAGCAUGCUUCAUCUGGCGACCCUCCUGGUCGCUGCGACCGCUCUGUCGCUGACGACGCAGCCGUCGACGGCACUCGGCAACGAGACGGCGUCCUUGUCUGCAGCGGCGGGGAGAGGUGCUGUCGAGGAGGCAUGCCCGUCAUUGCGGUCCAAGCGGUUCAUCUCGGACGGGCUGUGUUCAUCGCCGUAUCCUGUACACGAGGUGGUGUGUGCAGACCGUGCACCCUCCCACAGUCGCCGCCGCAAACAGCAGCAGCAACAGCAGUCGCAGGCAGUCCCGGCCCAAAGAGAGAGGCAGCGAUGCGUCGAAGGUGCGACCCGCAGGAGACGCGUCGAGCUGCUCUGCCAGGACGGCUCGCGCCGCUUCUACCACGUUCGCCUCGUCAAGAGCUGCCGGCCACGCAGCCAGCGCCGCCACCGGCGACCGCCCGAAGCUGCCGGCCUAUAGCACGAGAUGGCCACCGUGCCUUCACGAGAUGGCCACACGCCAUGAAAUGCACACUUCUGCUCUGGGGGGUGGAGAGUUUCGCCCACUGAGACAAUAGCUCUUAGUAAUAGCCACUUCAGAACAAUAGCCCAACAAUACUGACAGCAUGCCAGCACUGGCAUGCUGUGCAGUUCUGCAAGGUGAACCUCGCGAGCCCGAGAUGUGCGUCAGAUGUGCUGUCACCAAUUGACAGAGCUCCUAGGUGUUUCAUCCUGUUCGAUACAUUACUUUGGAACAAUGACAUAUUGUCUAGUACAUUAAAUGAUUCAUGUUAUUUUUUGUAUAUAUCUUUAUAACACAAACACAUGAACAUUUCACUAUGCUACUGGUCAUCUUAAGACUAAAGGCAGUGACUGGCUGACACUGUGAAAGUCUCCUACGAUUGUUUGUAAAGAACAUAAAAAAAUUCAGAAAACUAUACAUUGCCGCCACUUUUUUCCUGUCAUAAAAUAAUGAAAUUAAUGAAAUGUUGCAAUAUGCAGUAGUUUCCAAGUACCUGGGUUUGCAAGUGAGUUAACAGCUGUGUGGUCAGGAUCUGAAGUGGAAUGGAGACAUGAGUGUUGCAACUCUUGUUCAUUUCACAGUGAUUUAUAUAAUAAUUCUGACAGAUAGCUCUUGGUGCACUUGCUAUUCUACUUUGUAUGACGAAAUUAGCACACUUACAUUUUGCAACAUCGUCUGCAAAGCAUGGGGGCUGCUAGCAUUACUGAAGCUGUGUGACUGAGAACAAUAGUUAUCUAAAGGGCUGCGGCAACACAGACAUGUGUACAAAAUUCACAGCAUCCACCCUAUCAAAAUCCUAGUAUGCUAUUACCAUUAGCCCCACAGCACGUUCACACAAAUUGUGUCACUGAAAACUGUCACUGCUGAUUAUCAUUCCCUCUCUAUCUUCCAAUCUUCUGUACCAGAAUUUCAUUGCUUUUAUUAUAAUAUACUGAGACUAUGGCUAAUGAUUGCAAAACACUGCAUGAAAGGAUUGGUAAUCUUCUCACUGCAGUUUCACUGCUUGGCAACAUUCAACAUUGUGUUUAGAAGCAAACGCAGGCUACAGACCACCACUGGCACCUCUUGGUUCUUUUCAAUUCUUCUGCCAUACUGGUAGGUUACGUGGCCUCCUCCUGGUACAGUGGCAUAAUUUAGUCUGUAUCCCUUAUUAAGAUGUGACUAUAUUACAAUGUGAAAAAAAGAAAAAAGAAAAGAGAGAGAAAAGAUGAUCUGCAGCUAACUCAUUAAGUUCAAACAGGCUUGAUGCCCAUCGGUCUCCUAGGC